CGAGGCCAAACUCGGUAUUUUUAUUCAUUGGGGUGUAUUCGCCGUACCCAGUUUCAAUUCCGAGUGGUUUUGGGAACGUUGGCAGGCCGAUCGAACACCAGAGGUUGUAAAUUUUAUGAAUAAUAACUACAGGCCAGAUUUUACGUACGCUGAUUUUGCAUCACAAUUUACAGCUGAGUUCUUUGAUGCCAAUCAAUGGGCAGAUAUGUUCAAAGCGUCAGGUGCCGAAUAUAUCGUGUUUGUGAGUAAGCAUCAUGAAGGUUUUACAAACUGGCCUUCUAACCAUUCAUUUAAUUGGAAUUCUAUGGCUGUGGGGCCUAAACGAGAUAUAGUAGGUGAAUUGGCAGCAUCUAUUAAAACCAACACGUCUAUUCAUUUUGGUAUUUAUCACUCUCUGUUUGAAUGGUUCAAUCCAUUGUUCAUACAAGAUAAAAAGAGUAAUUUUACAACACAAAACUUUGUUAAACAAAAGACAAUGCCCGAACUUUACGAGUUAACUAACAUGUAUAAACCUGAUGUUAUUUGGUCUGAUGGUGAUUCAGAAGCACCAAGCGAUUAUUGGCAAUCCAAAGAAUUCUUAGCUUGGUUAUACAAUGACAGUCCUGUCAAAGACACGGUUGUAACUAAUGAUAGAUGGGGUAAAGAUGCACAUUGUCAACAUGGUGGAUACCUAACAUGUCAUGACAGAUAUAACCCCGGUACACUUCAGAAAAGAAAAUGGGAGAAUGCAAUGACUAUCGAUAGAAGAUCCUGGGGAUUCAGAAGAAACGCACAAUUGUCAGAUUAUUUGUCCACUGAACAACUUUUAGCCACCUUCAUCGAAACUGUGAGUUGUGGAGGAAAUAUGUUGAUGAAUGUUGGACCUACAAAAGAAGGAACUAUUCAUCCCAUAUUUGAAGAGAGAUUAAGAGAGUUUGGGUCUUGGUUGAAUGUCAACGGUGAAGCUAUCCGAUCAUCUCGUCCGUGGACAACACAAAAUGAUACUUUGACAAGACGAGUAUGGUACACAAUGAACAACUCAAACGUAUAUGCCCUAGUACUCGAUUGGCCAACUGGUUCAACAUUAAGCUUGGGGGCUCCAAUGACACAAUCUGGUACAACUGUUCAGCUGGUAGGCUAUUCUGGAAAUCUUACGUGGACAGCUCGUUCUGGUAAAGGAAUUGACAUUCAAAUUCCACCCAUACCUACAAAUAAGAUGCCAUGCAAAUGGGCGUGGUCAUUUAAAUUAUCAGGAUUGGAGAAUAUUUAACUAAAUAAAGUAUAAUAAUAAUCGUUGUUUUAUCCUGAUAACUUGUGUUAAUAG